ACAGGACGCCAGUGUGCAGCAGGCCAUAUCGGCAGGCGAGAAGCCCUAUUAUUAUACAAUAUAAUGGAGAGAGAAGUGUGUUGACGAAUCCUCUGUGAAGUUCUGCUUAACAGCAUUGUUUGGUCGCCGGCAACUCCUUGGCGACGCGUGUCACAGUGACAUGUCCGUUAUGAUAAGCUGUGUUGAAAGUUAAGCCGGAAAGCAGUCAUGUCUAUCCCUUCUAAAAGCCUGUCCACAUUACCGGGCAGUGCUUGACGGACACUACUGCAGGCUGUGUUUACCAAAACCUGUUAGGCUGCCAUGCUCCAGUUACUGCCUGAUCGCGGGUUAGUUGGGUGCGGCAAAAUGGCUGAGGAGCUUCUCUCCCUGAAGUGGAACAACCACCAGGCACACUUUGUGGACAUCCUCACAUUCCUGCGGGAACAGGAAAUCUUUGUGGAUGCCACAUUGGCCUGUGGUGGGAAGCUAUAUGCAGCUCACAAGUUUGUGCUAAGUACCUGUAGUGACUAUUUUAAGCAGAUGUUUACCAAAAACCCGAGUAAACAUCCAAUAGUGUUCAUGAAAGAUGUGACGUCACGUGAUCUCGAAGCUCUACUGGACUUUAUGUAUAAUGGCGAAGUGAAUGUUCCUCAAUCUAGUCUAGGAUCUCUUAUAAAAACUGCAGAAGGACUACAAAUAAAAGGUUUAGCUGUGCCUGAUGAUCCACCUGCUCCCAAAAGAGACAGGGACAGAGAGAGAGAAAAGAGAGAGAACAGAACUCAGUUGGACCACCACAGCCCCCCUGCCAAGAGACCGCGACCUAGAGAGCGAUCGCCCCCCCAGUCCUCCCCAUCCCAGUCCCAAGCCACCCAGCCAUCCUCGCACCCCCCGGCCGCCACGCAGCUAUCUAGAUCUCGCUCCCCACAACCCCCCAACACCUCUGGGUCCUCCCAGGUGGGCAUGCCCCCUGUUGAGGCCACUCUGGAUGAGGACAGCAGAACCAGCAUACAGAGUGGUCUCAGUGGCCUCAGUGAACAGAAUGCCAGCACAACACCUAGUCUAAGUGCCAAGCCGGGUGGGGGCAACUGUCAACAGCAGCAGCAGCAGCAACAGCAACAAGCUAAUGCUGGUGAUGGUGCGACUUCCCAAGUUGAUGCCCUCGCCCAUGGCCACAGUGGGGAGGAGCCUUCACCUGGUCCCUCUGGCCUGCACAAACAACAACAGUCAAAAGAAGAGCCAGAAUUUGAAAUAAAACAGGAAGAUGUGGUGGACCUGGGUGAAGAUGAUGAAGGGGACUGGGGUGUGGAGGGGGAUGGGGGAGGGGGGGAGUCCUCCUUGGGGACGGAAAACCCCCCCAAUUUUCCUGAAGUAAUGUUACCUCACAGCGACGGCACCAUGCCAGCCACCGGUGAUCCUGCAAUGGACUGUGAGACGGUGCGGUUCAGCUUGCGGUGCCGGUGCUGUGACAAGUCCUUCAGUAAUCGCUCCAACCUGCAGCGCCAUCUAGCCUCGCAAGCCAACUACCGCCCUUACUCCUGCCCUGUGUGUUCCAAGGCCUUCGCUCGCAAGGACGUCCUCAAGAGGCACGUGAUGAAGCACAACUUGUCCCAGUCCCUGCACGCCAUCCUCACCGAGCCCCCGGGGAUUGUGACGCUCGGCCCGCCCUUCUGAGCGCUCGUCCUCGGCACCCAACUGACUAUGUGUUAAGUUUUUGUUACUUUCCGGGGGCCAGUGUCUUCCCCGACAGGUAGUGUUCUUAGGUUAGUUUGGUCAUGUUGAAGAGGUCACACCAUCACCACCACGCUCACUCCUCCUCCUUCAUAACCUUGUCACCCACCAUCAUUUGCCAAGCAUUCCUACUUUGCUUAGCUGCCCUCACCCACACUCCUCCAACCACAGGCGAACCAUAGCCUCGCCCAUCGCUCAAUUAGCUCCACACACACACACACACACACACACUCGAACAAGUAUUUGAGUCUUGAAAAUGUCUAAAUAUCUGCUCAUUUUCUUAAGAACUUCAUUUGGUAUUUAGAAGUAGCCUAGUCUGAAUCUGUGAUGCAUUACAGUAGCCAUGCCAUCCAAUCAUCAAAGACCGCUGAAACAUUACAGUACAGAAGCUCACAUGUUACGUCAUAGGUCAUGUGGUACCGCCCUGCACCAGUGCCUGUUAACAAAUAGACCGCGUGGUAUUCUGAACUAAAUAUAACAUUACUUAAUAAUCACAUCUUCACUAUAUUUUGUCUGCUAGAUCAGGAUGUUAUUAAAUUACGUUAUAUUUGAUGAAAGAAGCACCACUUGCUUUUGUUUACAUACAGAGUUGACUACGAGCGCAUGGCAGGAGCACGCGGCAUUGUUUACAUUUUAGCGAGUGUUGGUGCGUCUUCACUGCUUAGAGAAAACACUCAAAUAUUACCACAAAAACAAAUUCAUCGUGCGUUACUUACAAUAGAAAAAAAAUGAAGUAAGUAGCCUGUCCAUUAUUUUUACCGAAACAUCAAAAUAUUAACGAACUGCGUAGAUAAACAGUGUUGAAAGCGUCACAUCCCUCAUAUUUUGUAAUAGUACCACGAGUUAACAAUGAUCACUCCACCAUUAACUCAUCAGUCGUCAUUAGUUGCUAGUCCAUCAUAGUCUUUCACUGGUGUCCUCAUGAUCUCAAAUUGCACAUGAUUAGUGAUAAUUCCCAGCGUGACUGGUUCUGAGGUAGCCAGUUGAGACCAGUAGGCGAAGAAAUUAACUGAUGAAGCCAAACUACUCUUGAAGCUCAACAAUACUCCUAAAGGCUCAGUAAUGUACCUAAAGCUCUCCCACCUCUCAGUUUUGCCCCUAAAGUUUUAAGUAAUGCUCUGAAGUUCUUCCAGUGUCACUAAAGCUCUUUAUGUAACAGCCUGAAGCUCUCAUAACUCCUUAAAAUCCUAGUGCUCCCAAAGCUCUCAUACUCUAGAGAUCACCAGUAUUGCCCCUAAGCUCUUCCAGUAAUGUCCCUGAAAGCUCUUCCAGUAAUGCCCUCUAAGCUCUUCCAGUCAUCUCAUAAAGCUCUCCCAAUUAAAGUAUUACAUUAAUGAAGUAAGAAAAUAAGUUACCAUGAUACAGAAUAUACGGUUUAUUUCCAGUUUUCAUCAUUGUAUACCAAUAUGAUGAACUGUGUGUCUAGUCACCAGCUUCUUGAUAAAUCUCAGAAACUGCAGUAGAAUGUGCUGGAAGGAAAAAAAAAUGAGAUGUGUUCGAAUCUUGGUGUGUCGCAAGGUUAAAUGUUGGGAUAUCGUUUCUCAAAAAGUGUGUUUUCGAAAUUAUGCAUCCUGUAAUAGUGCUGAAAAGACUUGUGAGUUCAUGUUUUACAGGCAUACAUACAUAUACAUAAAUUUUGGUACUCAUUAUACUCAUAUACAUAAAUUUUGGUACUCACUAUGGAUCAACUAAACUCCAUAUACUUAUUAUGAAGACUAUUUCUACUUCAUUGUGUAGGCUUCAUUUGUGUCUCUCUGGUGUAUUGGCUGAUGUGGCAGGUUAUAAAUCAAUAGAGUGUUUAAAAUCUUUACUAUUUUUCACUGUGGGUUUACUAAACUCUUUAUUACAGAACCUGUUUCACUGUGUAGGGUAGAUUCUUGCCUCCAUGUUGCAGUGACUAACCUGUCUGGUUAUAAGUUGAUAGGCUGUGGUUUGAAUUGGAUGAGCACUAAGGCCAUGGGCAGCUAUUGCUUAUGUCCUCAAUCUUACCCAGAUCUUAUGGUGAAUUUUGUACUAUAUCAGUGACAAAAGUAAGAUUUUACCUGUAUUUCAUUAUUCUACAGCUCAGGUUAAUCAGUUUGCAAGCAUUCAUAAGGCUCUCAGAUUUGAAUGACCGAUGAAAACAUAUGUGUAACUCUUCAUUAACAUUAAUUUUAGAUCAAGAGAAGAAAGAUUGGAAAUACCGUCACAGUUCUGCACUAACACUCACUUUAGAUACUCAGAGGAGAGAUAUGUGUUUAGAAUUCCAUAUAAAUAUAACCUAACCAGAAUUUACCAUUACACUCAAUAAGGACCUCUUCAUUCAUUGUCUUCCUUCUGUGCCACUUAUUAGGAGACACAAGUUGGCCAAGGGAAAUUAAUAACUUUUCUGUAUAUCUUUAUUUAUGGAAUCUCUUUUUUCUUUGUCAUCCUUCUGUUGUUAUUAGAAGACUUAAGACUGUGGAGAAAGAAAGGCAGUUUUUCUUUAUUUUUAUGUUUAUGGAGACUUGUUCAUUGUGUUCUUUUUACAUUGCCAUUAGGAGGAACUUAACAAUUGGGGAGAAACAAAGGCUAUUUUAAUUUAUUUAUUUCUCCAUUUGCUAGUGUGAGUUCAGUGCAGCUUGAAAAAUCAUUAAAACCACAAGAACAUAAUAGAAGCCACAAGAUAACCUAUAUUUGGGAGCUACUGUAUAAAACUUUACAUAUAUCCACCUAUCAUCCCUCUCCACAAAUGUAUCUAAAAGGUGUCUUAUUUUUAAAAGCUCCCGUUGGCUCACUCAUUGAUUAAGGGGUUCAACUCACUCCUCAUCUGGCUUACAGUGGCUUGGCAGGGUCACUGGGUUAUGAGGUCACAGUUCCUUGAUUUACAUUCAGUACCUGUUAUGUAAAGUCUUUGUAUAAUCUUUGACUGACUGGGAUUCUACCUUGUAUUUCUCUCUCUCUCUCUCUCUCUCUCUCUCUCUCUCUCUCUCUCUCUCUCUCUCUCUCUCUCUCUCUCUCUCUCUCUCUCUCUCUCUCUCUCUCU